AUGGUGGCGCUCUGUGCAAAGUCGCUGAUCCAGACGAUCAGCGCGGUGGAUAAGGACGAGCCGCCCAGUGGACACCGCUUCUACUUCUCCCUGGCCUCGCCUGUGGCGGGGAACUUAAACUUCACCCUCCGCGACAACAAAGACAACACGGCGUCCAUCCUGACGAAGCGCGGCGGGUUCCGGCGGCGGGAGCAGCCCGUGUACCGCCUGCCGGUGCUCAUCGUGGACAGCGGCAGCCCGGCGCUGAGCAGCACCAACACGCUGGCGCUGCGCGUGUGCGACUGCGACGCCGACGGCGUGGCCAUGUCCUGCGGCGCCGUGGCCUACACCGCCACGGGGCUCAGCACCGGAGCGCUGCUCGCCAUCCUGGGCUGCAUCCUCACGCUGCUCAUCAUGGUGCUGCUGAUCGUGACGAUGCGCGGCCGCAGGAAGACGCCCCUGAUCCUGGAGGAGGAGCGGGACAUCAGGGAGAACAUUGUGCGCUACGACGACGAGGGGGGCGGCGAGGAGGACACGGAGGCCUUCGACAUGGUGGCCCUGCGCAACCUCAACGCCAUGCACGCCGACCUGGGCGCCGCCCUGCGCGGCGGCGGCGGCGGCGACCCCAAGGCCCGCCGCGACGUCACCCCGGACACGCCCACCUUCUUCCGCUACCCACCGCCGCAGCAGCAGGCGUCCUCCGGCGGCUCGUCCCGUCGGCCCGCCGCCUUCAAGUCGCUGCCGGACCACGUGGUGUUCCGCGAGUUCAUCUGGGACCGGCUGAAGGUGGCGGACGUGGACCCGUCGGCGCCGCCGUACGACUCGCUGCAGACCUACGCCUUCGAGGGGAGCGGCUCGGUGGCCGAGUCGCUGAGCUCGCUGGAGUCGCUGAGCUCGGACUCGGAGCACAGCUACGACUACCUCAGCAACUGGGGCCCGCGCUUCAAGAAGCUGGCCGACCUGUAUGGCAACGGAGAUGCCGCCGCCGCCGCCACCAGCAGCGUCAGCGUCUUCUCAUAG